UUUCCUAAAGGUCCAUCUUGCGACUUUGAGAAGGAUCUCUGCUCGUGGAAACAAGAAACAACAGAUGAUUUUGAUUGGACCCAAAAUAGUGGUUCUACUCCAUCCUCUGGAACUGGGCCAUCAUCUGGUCACGGUGGAAAAGGUUAGGGAACAAAAAUAAUGAAAGAAGGUUGCUAAACAAGCACAAAUAAUUUCUUCUAUGUAAACAAACCUAAUAUAGCUCAGCAUUUCCAUUUUUUCUUUGUUUCCUCUCUAGGGUCAUAUAUCUACAUUGAGACUUCCUCCCCAAGGAUUCAAGAUGAAACAGCCAUAUUAACAUUUGAUGGAACAAACCUUAAGCCAGUGGUUUGUCUAACCUUUUAUUAUCACAUGUAUGGAAAUUACAUCAAUGAGCUUCUGCUGAAUAAUCGUGGAAAAAACGUUUGGAAGUUGGCAGGUGAUCAAGGAGAUCAAUGGAAGAAAGCGCAAGUCACACUUACUGGAAACUAUCAGGUAGAGUUUCUAAAUUAAUUUCCGAGUCCUCGUUAGUCAGUUUCUCCCCGCCUUCCUUAUAUGCAGUUAAUUUUGUUUGUUAUUUUCCUUCUUUCUGCAUUAUUAUGAGACGGUUAAGUACCCACCAUACUAACGACAAUUAAAUGCUCAACAUUUUAUUGGUAGUAAGUUUUUCUUUAACUUCUCCCAAACUAGCUCGUUUUCAUUGCAUCCGUUGGAGGUUCUUAUGAAGGUGACAUCGCUAUCGAUGACAUAUCUGUCUCGGACGGAAAUUGUUUCGUAGUACCGCCGUCACCCAGUCUACCGGCCACUCGUCCACCAACUCCAAGCCAGGGCCCAUCAGUGUUGCCGGGGAAAAGUGAGUAUCAAGAGCACACAAAACUUAAUAUAAUAGCACCAUCAAAAUGAUAUGUUAUUGAGUUAAAUUAAGAUAAAUAAAGUUGUACUUUACGGCAAUGGCCAUUGUUAUUUUUAUAGAUUAGAGCGCGAAAUUGGUUAAUCAUAAUGUAACUCUUUGCGCCCUCUUGUCCCCGUCAAGCAGAUGAAAACGUACAAAAGACUAAGAAAGUCUGCAAAGUCAAACAUAUAAAUAACUGAUCUCGAAGUAUGCGAAGGUGAACAUGCAAGAUUAGAGCAUUCGAGUUCCAGAUGAAAUAAAAGUAUUCUAGCUAGGAAUUAAGCAAUCUCUGAAUAUUUUUCGUCAGUCUUUAAAAAGCGUCAAUAGAGAUCUUUGGCUUUCACAAAGCAAAGGUUGCUAAUUUAACAUGCUGAGGUCUUUUCUCUCUAACUCCACUUACUACACUGACAAAUUAUUCGUUUAUUUCUUUUAGAUCCAUCUUGCGAUUUUGAGAAGGAUCUCUGCUCGUGGAAACAAGCAACAUCAGAUGAUUUCGACUGGACAAAAAAUAGUGGUUCUACUCCUUCCUCUGGAACUGGGCCAUCUUCUGGACACGGUGGAAAAGGUAAGAGAAUAAAAAACCACCAAAGUUGCUUAAAAAAGAAGCAGUUUCACAACUAGUUCUUCUAUUUCAACGUCAAUAGUUCAGUCUUUCUAUUUUCUUUGUUUCCUCUAUAGGGUCAUAUAUCUACAUUGAGACUUCCUCCCCAAGGAUUCAAGAUGAAACAGCCAUAUUAACAUUUGAUGGAACAAACCCUAAGCCAGUGGUUUGUCUAACCUUUUAUUAUCACAUGUAUGGGAAUUAUAUCAAUGAGCUUCUGCUGAAUAAUCGUGGAAAAAAUGUUUGGAAGUUGGCAGGUGAUCAAGGAGAUCAAUGGAAGAAAGCGCAAGUCACACUCACUGGAAACUAUCAGGUAGAGUUUCUAAAUUAAUUUCCGAGUCCUCGUUAGUCUAUCUGUCCAUCCCUUCCUUACAUGCAGUUGAUUUUGUUCGUUAUUUUCCUUCUUUCUACAUUAUUAUAAAACGUUUAAGUACCCACCAUACUAACGACAAUUAAAUGCUCAACAUUUUAUUGGUAGUAAGUUUUUCUUUAACUUCUCCCAAACUAGCUCGUUUUCAUUGCAUCCGUUGGAGGUUCUUAUGAAGGUGACAUCGCUAUCGAUGACAUAUCUGUCUCGGACGGAAAUUGUUUCGUAGUACCGCCGUCACCCAGUCUACCGGCCACUCUUCCACCAACUCCAAGUCAGGGCCCAUCAGUGUUGCCGGGGAAAAGUGAGUAUCAAGAGCACACAAAACUUAAUAUAAUAGUACCAUCAAAAUGAUAUGUUAUUGAGUUAAAUUAAGAUAAAUAAAGUUGUACUUUACGGCAAUGGCCAUUGUUAUUUUUUAAAGAUUUGAGCGCGAAAUUGGCCAAUCAUAAUGUAACUCUUUGCGCCCUCUUGUCCCCAUCAAGCAGAUGAAAACAUACAAAAGACUAGGAACGUCUGGAAAGUCUAACAUACAAAUAACUGAUCGCGCUGUAUGCGAAGCGUGAACAUGUAAGAUAAUAGCAUUCCGAGUUGCAGAUGAAAUAAAGGUAUUCUAGCUAGGGAUUAAGCAAUCUCUAAAUAUUUUUCGUCAGUCUUGAAAAGCGAUGAUAGAAAUCUUUGCCUUUUCUCUCUAACUCCAUUUAUUACCCUGACAAGUUAUUAUUUUAUUUCUUUCAGAUCCAUCUUGUGAUUUUGAGAAGGAUCUCUGCUCGUGGAAACAAGCAACAUCAGAUGAUUUCGACUGGACAAAAAAUAGUGGUUCUACUCCUUCCUCUGGAACUGGGCCAUCUUCUGGACACGGUGGAAAAGGUAAGAGAAUAAAAACCACCAAAGUUGCUCAAAAAAGAAGCAAUUUCACAACUAGUUUUUCUAUUUCAACGUCAAUAGUUCAGUCUUUCAAUUUUUCUUUAUUUUCUCUAUAGGGUCAUAUAUCUACAUUGAGACUUCCUCCCCAAGGAUUCAAGAUGAAACAGCCAUAUUAACAUUUGAUGGAGCUAACCCUAAGCCAGUGGUUUGCCUAACCUUUUAUUAUCACAUGUAUGGGAAUGAUAUCAAUGAGCUUCUGCUGAAUAAUCGUGGAAAAAAUGUUUGGAAGUUGGCAGGUGAUCAAGGAGAUCAAUGGAAGAAAGCGCAAGUCACACUUACUGGAAACUUUCAGGUACAGUAACUAAUUGAUAUGUGCUGUAAGGUAUGCAAUGCCCAUUGUUAAUUAAUUUCUGAUUCUGUUUAUCCCUUUCUUAUCUUUUACUUUUUUUUCCUUCAUUUUUUCUUCACUUCACUUUCAUUAGAAAGAUAUCUUCCAUAUUCCUGAAAGUUGAAUUACCAACAUUCAAUCAGUUCUAGCUUUUUCCUUUACCUCUCCCAAACUAGCUCGUUUUCACUGCAUCCGUUGGAGGUUCUUAUGAAGGUGACAUCGCUAUCGAUGACAUAUCUGUCUCGGACGGAAAUUGCUUUUUAGUACCGCCGUCACCCAGUCUACCGGCCACUCCUUCUCUAACUCCAAGUCAGGGCCCAUCAGUGUUGCCAGGUAAAUGUGUCCAUUAAGAGCGCGAACAAAAAUUAAUAUAAUUGUACUAUGGGACCAAGCAAAAAUUAUAAAAAAGCAAAGAAGCUUUGAGGGGCCAUUGCUUUCUAUAUUCAUUCAGGAUGCCCUUAACGUUUUGGGUUAAACAACAAAUAUUCAGAUUCGUAGCUUUACACGGAGUACAAUUUUCUCGGAAGGUGUUCGUAGAUUUUUAUCGGCAUGUUCAGAGAAGCUGAUGGAAAAUAGAAAUGAUUAAGAAAGUCAAAUAGUUAUUGCAACAAAGCUUAAAAGAUAGAAAAGGAAACUAAGCUCCCAAAUGGCUUCAUGGACAAACUCUUUACUCAGCUUAGCAACUGAGAGGACUGUUUAAUGUGUGGGAAUUGCUUCACGUACGUAAGCUUGCAAAUCAUUUAUCUGUUCUCAGGGAAAUGCGGUUUUCGACCUUCCACAAGGAUAGUAGGUGGUCAAGAAGCUUCUGUCAAUGGCUGGCCAUGGCAGGCGAUGUUGAGAUACAAAUAUGGAGGCCAGUUCUGUGGUGGAACUUUGGUAGAUCCUUUAUGGGUUGUAACAGCAGCUCACUGUGUUAAAAAUGCACAACCAACAGGAAUAAUAGUCAGGUAUAAAUUGAACAAAAUAUAAAUCAACAACUCAUAGGCUUUGUUAUCUUGCUAAAUGGUUUAUUCCUGUUUAGGAUGUAACCGGGCUCGUUUUGCCUUGACAAAGGAAAUGUUUCUUUUCAUCUUAAUUAUUUUUCUUGUCUCUCGUCGUGUACGUUUAUCUCUGAGUUUGUUCGUUAGGUCAUUUGUCUCUUGUGAAUCGUGGGGAAUUUAUUUUAACUUUUUACGUUUAUCUCUCCCAGAAAUGAAUGAAAUAUAACAGUUGAUUGAUUUUCAAUGAAAAUAGUAUGCAAUGCUUUAAGUUUUAAAUACUCAAAUUGCUUCUUUUCCUUCUAGAAUGGGUGCUCAUUAUAGGGUAAGUGGUACCGUUGGAACAGAACAGGACAUAGAUGUCGCGCAAAUCAUCAACCAUGAAAGUUACCAUACCCCUCUAAGAUAUAGCCACGACAUUGCCUUACUGAAGCUAGCCAGACCUGCUAAGCUCCAAACAGGUAUUGGACUUGCUUGCUUGUCAGACUCCAGCCUUCCUCUCCCCAUUGACGACCCCAACACGAAGUGCUGGAUCACUGGCUGGGGUACGCUCUCUUCUGGAGGUAGUCAACCUAAUGCCUUGAUGGAAGCGUCCGUCCCCCUGGUAUCCAAAAAACGAUGUCUCAAAGGAUAUCCAGGAAAAAUCCACGACUCCAUGUUGUGUGCAGGUCUGGACCAAGGCGGAGUAGAUGCUUGCCAAGGAGACAGUGGUGGACCACUUGUAUGUAAGUUCAAUGGCAGAUGGUAUCUGGAGGGAGCUACAAGUUGGGGAUAUGGAUGUGCUGCUCCGAAUAAGUACGGGGUGUACGCCAAGGUACGAUACCUCAGGUCGUGGAUCGACAGAAAUAUGAAUGGUGGGAUUAUACCACCAACCACAAUACCGCCACCCCGACUAACAACAACUCAACCACCAACAACAGCAUCUAACUCCGGUAAGAUGCUAACGAAUGCUAAAUAAAUGAGGUAGAAAUGAAUUAGUCAAAAUAGGAUAAAUAACGUAGUAUAGCACAGCAAUGACUGAUGUAAUUAUUGGAAAUAAAAGUAUGAAAUUGGUGGUCAGUCAUAAUCUCCUUUUUAGUGCUUUCUAAUCCUCACAAACGAACAGAUGGGGUUUUUUGUAUCAUCGGAGAGAAACAUUUGCAAAGCCAAACUUCGCAAAGCUAACCAUUCAAAUAGCUGAGCACGCAGUGCUCGAAGUGUAAUGGCGAUAAGCAUUUUAGAGUUCCCAGAGUGAAAAUGAUAUAUUAUAAGUAAUAUUCAAAGUUCUGAAAAGCUUAUGUCAAAUUUAAGUCUAAAAAGCCACGAAAUGAGCGUGUGAAGGAAAAUUUCCUAAUCAAAUAGUCGUACGUAUGUGAAAAUUAUUCUUUCAGAGUACGAACAGGUAAGACAUUUUUUCCUCAAAAACUUUAUUUACCUCCGUGUUGAAUAAAUGGCUUAUUUCUUCAAGAUCCAUCCUGUGAUUUUGAGAAGGAUCUCUGCUCGUGGAAACAAGCAACAUCAGAUGAUUUUGAUUGGACCCAAAAUAGUGGUUCUACUCCUUCCUCCGGGACCGGGCCAUCUUCUGGACACGGCGGGAAAGGUUAGGGAACAUAAAGAAACGAAAUCAUUUCAGCAAAUGCUUAUUCUAUUUCUUCAAUCUGCUAUAACUUGGGUCAUUUUUUUCUUCCCCGUUCUCUUAAAUCUUCUUUAAGUCAUAAUCAUAAGAAAAUGGAGAAUUUAAAUCGGAAACUGACUAACAUACUUGCGACAAAAAUGAUUCGGCUUCAAGCCAAAAGCCACGCAAAUUAUGACUUAAACCAUGCAGUCAUAUAAAGCGAGACAAAAAUGCAUACAAAGUAAGAUUUGUAGUACAUAGUCAAAGGUGGAAAACAAGACUACUUUAAGUAUAAAAAAAAAUUCCACAUUAGAAUUACGAUGGAGUCCUUUAAUAUGAACUUUUGCUUGUUUUCCUUUACAGGAUACUACGUUUAUAUUGAGACUUCAAGUCCCAGAGUCCCUUAUGACAGAGCAAGUUUGAAAUUCAAAGGAGUAAACAGAAAGACGGUUUGCUUUUCAUUCUACUAUCAUAUGUACGGGGUUCAUGUCAGGGCACUGAAUCUUUACAACGGCGGAAACAAAAUUUGGAACAUGAAGGGAGAUCAGGGAGACUCGUGGAAAAGGGCGGAAGUGACCAUCACUGGUGAUUAUGACGUAAGUUGAGCGUAGAAACUGGUUGAUCUCUGGUCGGGCUUUUGUGAUGCUAACUGUGCCUCGACUCAGGCACAAGUAAGUUGUUCGGUCGUACUGACGAAAUACUGCAAAUUAACUUACGAUAGCUAUAGUACGUUCUUUAAUAGUUGAAUAUGACAAUAGUGACAUCGAUUCAGUCUCGAUCCAUGAGCUUGAUCGAAGAUCAAGUAAAAUCUGUUGCGAUGGAAUUUUGUAAAUCACUUGAUUUUUUCCUGAACAUCGUUUGUUAUCCUUUACUUCUGUUUCUGUCAUAAUCCAUGUGUGACAACUUAUGUUUGUUGGCAACGUCUCGAUCAAUUUACUUAUAACAAAAUAUGACGUUUUGACGGAAGGAAGUAACAUGUAUAAUAAUUUUCCUAUUUAGCUUACAAUUGAAGGAGUUUCAGGGGACUCCUAUCAGGCUGACAUUGCCAUUGAUGACAUAACUAUACAAGAUGGUUCCUGCGGAGGAGUUCCCCCUUCACCGUCUGUUCCCCCUAUCCCACCGACAACACAGGGACCAGGUAAGGAAUAUCAUAUUGCGAAAAUACCUAGAUUUGUCACUAGUUUGCAAAAAAAAAAGAGGUGACAAAGAUCUUGUUUCUAAUCGUUUGGGAUUCUACGAUUCUUUUACUCUGCAGUGUCGCCCCAAUCGUGCGGUAAAUCACCAGUAUCAAGGGUUAUUGGAGGAGUGAACGCAAAUCCAGGGAGUUGGCCGUGGCAGGUACGGCUGUUUCUUGAUAAUUAUUCAUUUAUAUUCCUAUAACUCAAGAACUAAUUUCAUGACCUCAAUUUUCAAGUGUCAAAAUCAGCUAUCAGUUUUUAUUUUUAUUUUUUUAAUUAAAGCUGGCUACAAUUAUUUUUGAAAACUUUGCGGAUAAAAUGAGCCUUGAAAUCCUGAAUGCAACUCGAGAAUAACACAUGAGGUCACCGACUUCCUUCUCUAUGUUUUUAUUUCGUUUAAGUUACAGAUGCAGCAAAUUAGAUUACGGUGCUUUUACGGGUUCUUCUUAAUUUUUAGGAAUUUUUUCUCCUUUCAGAUUGCUUUGUUAAGAGGAAGUGGUAGAUCAUUCAGUUGUGGCGGAUCAUUGAUAACUCCUGAAUGGGUGGUCACAGCAGCUCAUUGCAUCUCAAGAGGACAGUAAGUACAUUUGUAUUUUAUAUUGACACUUUCGCACCAUUUUCGUAAGGCAAAGAGCGUUACCUUGACAAACUAUAAUUAAAUGCUGCUUUUGUUGUGAUAGCUCUUCAGUCUAUUGACUUAAGAAAGCCGCACUACCAACUCGACCGAUAACGAUUAGAAUUUCGAACCAAGCGGGUCUUGAUAACUCGCGUUGAACACCGUUGAGGCCAUCGGAUAUUUUUGUAAAUUUGGAUCCAGAGUUGUAAUCAAGUACUGAAAAUUCUGUAUUAUCGAGCACAAGUUUCUCCGAAAUACAUACGUAGUUUGACCCUUUGUUACGUACUCAUUCUAUCUUCGCAAAUAAUUCAUUUCUUUAACACCGACUUUGUUACAGACCUGGUAGUUACUACACGAUUCGCCUUGGAGAUCAUAACCGUCAUGUUAAUGAGGGAACUGAAGAAGAUAUUCCUGCCAAACGUGUAAUCGUACAUCCUGACUACAACAAAAUUCCCAUCGACAGCGACAUCGCAUUGAUUCAGUUAUCUAAACCAGCUACCCUGAAUGCCAGAGUAAAAACUGUAUGUCUGCCUUCCCAGGAUGAAGUUGUUCCCACGUCUUCUAGAUGCUUUAUCACGGGUUUGUUUAGUUCAACUUAUUAUAAUCGAUAUGUUUCAAUCGAGCAUAUUAAACCCUUGCCAUCUAGAACCUCAAAGGAAUAGUUUUGAGAGUGCGUAUGGCUCAAAAACCACGUCAAAUAGGCUCAAUUUUAGCCAAUAAGGCUUGUCAAUGAUUCAAAACUUUGAAAUCAAAGCAUACUUUACUUUUAUUGCAAUUAAGAAUCCUUCUCUGUUGAAAACGAGGUAUCAACGCUCCGCACUAAUGUUAAUAUGGAUUCUCGACAAAAGCUAAUAAAAUUAUUAACUAAGGUUUCCUUCAGGGAAACAGAAGUUUACCACGAAGAGUUUUCUACCGAAAUUUUCGAGAUAUAAUUGGUGAAUUUUACAUUACUACUUUACCAUGAUUCCGCGGGAAACGGGCAUCGAAGUGACUGAAGUAUGCCAGGCAUAAGAUAAAGUGAUUAAACCUUCACAAUUUUAUUGGUAAUUUAAUUUCUUCUAUUUCACCCUUGUUCACUAUUUUUCUGAUGAAAUGUCCUUUGCACAGGUUGGGGCAAGAUUAAGCAUCCCGGGUCCUCACAUCACAUACUGCAACAGGCGAAUUUACCUCCAGUCACAAACAGCGAGUGUGCUAAGAAACUUGCCAGCUCUCCAGGUAGAACCUCUAGAUGGUGUCUUUCUGAUAAGUUAAAAAUGUUUCCUUAUCACUACGUAAGAAAGAUGCAUGGAUUAAUUGCGUUUGCAUGAUUGCGGCCUUUACGUAUCGAAAUAUUAGUGAUUGGUCCAAGAGGAUUAACAUAACUCUAGAUUUUUUGAAACCAUCAUUGUUUAUAUCUUUAGGAGGCUCGUCUCUUCAAAUAACUCAAAAGAUGAUUUGCGCUGGCGUCAAUGGAACUAUUUUAAGUGGCUGCCAUGGAGACAGUGGUGGUCCUUACGUUUGUCAGACUUCCGCUGGGAACUGGGUUCUGCAAGGUGCUGUCAGCUGGGGUUCCCCAAGAUGCUCUGCGGCCGAGCGAUAUACGGUGUUUGCUCGUGUUGGCAAGUUCAGAAAUUGGAUCGAUCAGAUGAUGAGCACUUGA